UUCCCUGCUGCAAAAAUGCAACGUACGAAUGUGUGUGUCUGUAUAUAUACUAUAGGGGGAGCAAAGGCAAGAAGUAACUUAAAGAGUAAGGAGCAAAGGAGAGCAGAAAGUGUUGAAUCAGUGUAUCAAAACAGCAACAUGAGAGGAUCUGCAGAUCUUCAUCAUCAUGAAUCAGAUAUAGAACUCAUUGCCCCUGAAAACGGUACAAAGUUAAGUGCUGCUGAGUCAAAAGCUGGCACAGAUGUUGUCCAUAACAAAGAAGAAGAAGAAGCAGAUUAUGUUGAGGUGACCAUGGACAUUAAAGGUGACUCAGUUGCCUUACACAGUGUGAAAACUGUAACAGAAACUGACAUGGGAGAUGAGAAACAGUGUUUGACUGGGAAGAAGACGUCAUUUGGUGCUUCAGUGGUUCAGAAUGCUACUAUUCGUAUAAAGAAGUUGAAGCGUUUAGCAUCAUUUUCAAAACCAGAACCAGCAGAACAACUUGAAAGGACAAAGUCUGCUAUGGCUCAUGCUCUCACUGGACUCAAGUUUAUAAGCUCCAAGGCUGAUGUUGCUGCAGGAUGGUCUGAGGUUGAGAAACAGUUUCACAGCCUUACUGCUACCACUGAUGGUUACCUUCCUCGUCAUCUGUUCGCUAAAUGCAUAGGAUUGAAUGAGGAGUCUAAGGCAUAUGCAGAGAAGCUUUUUGAUACUCUUGCUCGGCAGAGAGGUAUUCAAGAGGGUUCCAUUAACAAGAUCCAGUUGAGGGAGUUCUGGGACCGGAUUUCUGACCAGAGCUUCAAUACUAGGCUCAAAAUAUUCUUUGCCAUGGUUGACAAAGAUGCAGAUGGCAGAAUCAACGAGGAAGAGAUAAAAGAUAUUAUAUGCCUGAGCGCUACUGCCAACAAACUGCCAAACAUCCAGAAACAAGCAGAGGAAUAUGCUGCUUUGAUCAUGGAAGAACUAGACCCGGAUAACACAGGAUAUAUCUUGAUAGACAACCUGGAGACUCUCUUAUUACAUGUACCAGAAGAAACUACAAAGGUAGAAACAAAGUACCUGAACCAAAUACUAAGCCAAAAGCUUAGACCUAUAUUUGAGGAGAAUCCUAUUAAGCGGUGGUAUAGAGAUACCAAGUAUUUAUUGCAGGAUAACUGGCAAAGAUCUUGGGUAUUUGGGCUGUGGAUUGGUGUGAUGUCAGGUCUAUUUGCCUAUAAAUUUGUGCAAUAUAGGAGAAGAGCUGCAUAUGAUGUGAUGGGGCAUUGUGUGUGCAUGGCAAAAGGUGCGGCUGAAACACUUAAAUUCAACAUGGCUCUUAUCUUGUUACCUGUAUGCCGAAACACCAUCACUUGGCUCGGGAAUAGGACCAAGCUAGGCGCUUUUGUUCCUUUCGAUGACAGCCUCAACUUUCACAAGAUGAUAGCUGUGGCGAUAGCAAUUGGUGUUGGUAUACAUGCUAUUUAUCAUCUUGCUUGUGAUUUUCCUCGCCUUCUUCAUGCAAGCGAUGAGAAGUACAAGCUCAUGAAGCCUUUUUUCGGAGAUAAACCAUCGAAUUACUGGUAUUUUGUCAAAUCAUGGGAAGGAGUAACAGGGAUUCUAAUGGUUGUGUUAAUGGCAAUAGCCUUUAUACUGGCCAAUCCUAGGUUCAGGAGGAACCGCACCAAACUACCCAAACCCUUCAACAAGCUCACAGGUUUCAAUGCCUUUUGGUAUUCUCAUCACCUCUUCAUCUUUGUCUAUGCCCUGUUGAUUGUCCAUGGAACCAAACUUUACUUAUCUAAGGAAUGGUACAAGAAAACGACUUGGAUGUAUCUGGCUAUUCCCAUCACCAUUUAUGCUUUGGAAAGACUAAUUAAAGCACUUAGAUCGAGCAUCAAGUCGGUGAGAAUAUUGAAGGUGGCCGUUUAUCCUGGAAAUGUAUUGGUAAUUCAUAUGUCAAAGCCUCAAGGGUUUAGCUAUAAGAGUGGACAAUACAUGCUUGUCAAUUGUGCUGCUGUGUCUCCACUUGAAUGGCAUCCAUUUUCCAUAACUUCUGCUCCUAAUGAUGAUUACCUUAGCGUCCACAUUAAAAUACUUGGUGAUUGGACUCGAAGUCUGAAAGAAAAAUUCUCACAGGCGUGCCAGCCAGCCAUCAAUGGACAGAGUGGACUUCUAAGAGCUGAAUGCUUGAAAGGAGAUAACAGCCCAAGUACUUUCCCAAAAGUUCUGAUUGAUGGUCCGUAUGGAGCGCCGGCACAAAAAUACAGGGAGUAUGAGGUGGUUUUACUUGUGGGGCUGGGAAUAGGGGCAACUCCAAUGAUAAGUAUACUAAAGGACAUGGUCAAUAAUUUCAAGGCCAUGGAAGAGGAAGAUGAGUUCUCAAUAGAAGAAGGUUCACCGAUGACAAACAACCAGAAAGACACUAGGUUCAAUGACUUCAAGACAAGGAGGGCGUACUUCUAUUGGGUGACAAGAGAGCAGGGUUCCUUUGAUUGGUUUAAAGGAGUGAUGAAUGAGGUAGCUGAGGAGGACAGAAGGGGAUUGAUUGAGCUACACAGCUACUGCACCAGCGUCUAUGAACAGGGUGAUGCUCGCUCUGCUCUUAUUGCUAUGGUGCAGUCUAUAAACCAUGCAAAAAAGGGCGUCGAUGUUGUCUCUGGCACACGUGUCAAGUCUCACUUUGCCAAACCCAAUUGGCGAAGUGUCUACAAACGCAUUGCACUUAAUCAUCCGGAAGCACGAGUUGAAAAUAGACACAUGCUUUAUGUAAUGCAGGGGUAUUUUACUGUGGGCCAUCCACCCUGACCCACGAGCUUCAUCAGUUAGCAUUGGAUUUCUCUCACAAUACAUCCACCAAGUAUGACUUUCACAAGGAAAAUUUCUGAUAAGAUGGAAAUUAUUGAGGAUAACAGAGGAAGCUGUAUAACGAGCUAGUCUUCCGCCAAGAUGACUUAGCUAUAAUCAUGUAUUGUAUCCACCUUUCUGUUGAUAACCUAUAGUGUGUUUCUACGAUGGCUUUGUAAAAGAACCCAGGUAGACGUGUGCUAAAUGGUUUGGUUGUGAGUUGGCUACCAAAUGCUAAAGGUGAGGUAGGAUGGACCCGUCAAUAACGUAUAUGCGUGUCAUCAUGUAUGUAUUAAUUUAAUUAAAGGGAAAUAGAUAGCAUAAGAAGGCUAUUUUGUUUUUAUUCAUCUUGAUAAUCCCGGGAGAAGGGACCUGGAAGAAAGUAAAGGAGGGAAAUGAUUUGUCCAGAAGCAAUGCAAUAAACAGUUUAUAUUUUAACAUGUAAAUUCCAUAUUUUGAUUGGUUUUGUAAAAUUGAUUAUGGUAAAUUUGAAGUAAAGUUUUUAGUAUUUAAACACUUUUCA